CCCGCCUCUCGCCCGGGCAGUAGCAGCAAGCAGCCACAUCGCUCUCCAGCCAGGCAGGAGGAGGAGGUGAAGGUGCUGGAGGGAGUCUAGCGAACAGAAGAAGCCACUCGACGAGACAGCGAAGAGCCACGAGAUGGAGGUGCGAUUGCUGCUGAGGACGGCGCUGGCUGUCACGCUGCUCGCCAGCCUCUCCCUCGCUCAGCAAGAAUCCCACAACGAGUGUCUGUCGCGUAACGCCAAGUCGUGCGGGGAGUGCAUCCAGGUCGGCAGCCGCUGCGCCUGGUGCACGAUGUCCAACUUCACGGGCGUCGGGGAGUCGAACUCGGCACGCUGCGAUUACGCGGAGAACCUAAAGGAGCGCAAGUGCGACGAGCGGCACGUGGAGAGCCCCAGGGGCCAGGUGCGCGUGCUGCGCAACACGCCCGUCAGCGACCAGGGCACGAAGCUGCCGCCCGAGAACAUCACCCAGCUCGCGCCGCAGCACGUCCGGCUCACGCUCCGAGCAGGCCAGCCGCAGAAAUUCAACCUGACGUUCAAGAGGGCGGCCGACUACCCGGUGGACCUCUACUACCUGAUGGACCUCUCCUACUCCAUGAACGACGACUUGGAGAACGUCAAGAAGCUGGGCACGGAGCUGCAGCAGCGCAUGAAGGAGAUCACGAGCGAGUUCCGCAUCGGCUUCGGCUCGUUCGUGGACAAGACGGUGAUGCCGUACAUCAGCACGACGCCCAAGAAGAUGCGCAACCCGUGCAGCACGGGCCCCGACGAAGUGUGCACCGAACCGUUCAGCUACCGCAACGUGCUGCCGCUCACCAACAACGGCAGCCAGUUCAACGAGCUCGUGAGCCAGCAGAAGAUCUCGGGCAACCUUGACUCGCCCGAGGGCGGCUUCGACGCCAUGAUGCAGGCCGCCGUCUGCGUGAACGAGAUCAAGUGGCGGAACGUGACGCGACUGCUCGUCUUCUCCACGGACGCCGGCUUCCACUUUGCGGGCGACGGGAAGCUGGGGGGCAUCGUUCUGCCCAACGACGGGAACUGCCAUCUGGACCCGCAGGGCGUCUACUACACCAAGAGCAACUACUACGACUACCCGUCGGUGGCGCACCUCAUCCAGAAGCUCAGCGAGAACAACAUCCAGCCCAUCUUCGCAGUCACCAAAGACUUCUACAGCGUCUACCAGGAGCUGAGCAACCUCAUCCCAAAGUCGGCUGUGGGGGAGCUCUCCAACACGUCAUCCAACAUCAUCCAGCUCAUCAUCGAGGCCUACAAGGCGCUCUCCUCGGAGGUGAUCCUGGAGCACACGAAGCCGCCGGGCGGCGUCUCCGUGAGCUACACGAGCCACUGCAAGGACGGCAGCGUGCAGACGGGGGAUGACGGCAACAAGUGCUCCAACAUCCAGAUCGGGGACGAGGUGACGUUCAGCAUCGAGGUGGCGGCCACGGGCUGCCCUAACGAUGGGAAGGAGACGCAGAUCCAGCUGCGCUCGCUGGGCUUCAACGAGAAGGUGUUGGUGUCGCUGCGCUUCGUGUGCGAGUGCGAGUGCCACUCCACCGGCAUCGCCAACAGCGCCGACUGCAACCACGGCAACGGCACGCUGGAGUGUGGCGCCUGCAGGUGCAACGAGGGCCGCAUCGGGCGUCUGUGCGAGUGCAGCACGGACGAGGUGAACUCGGAGGACAUCUGGGCGUCGUGCAAGCGCGACAACUCGUCGGCGGUGGUGUGCAGCGGGCGCGGCGACUGCGUGUGCGGCGAGUGCGUGUGCAACAAACGCGACAACGCCAACGAGCUGGUGUCCGGCCCGCUCUGCGAGUGCGACAACUUCUCCUGCGACCGCUCCGGCGGCGUCAUGUGCGGAGGGCACGGCAAGUGCGAGUGCGGCAAGUGCGUGUGUGAGAGCAACUUCACGGGCAACGCGUGCGACUGCCCGACCAGCAAGAAGGCGUGCCAGGCGAGCAACGGGCAGGAGUGCAACGGGCGCGGGCAGUGCGUGUGCGGGGAUUGCAAGUGCAACGACAGCAAGUACCAGGGCGCCACCUGCGAGGUCUGCCCCACCUGCCCCGGCGCCUGCGACGAGCACAAGGACUGCGUGCAGUGCAAGGUGUUCAAGAAGGGGCCGAAGGCGGCGGUCUGCGAAGAGCGGUGCCGCACCCUGAACGUGGUGUCCAUGGCUCAGCUGAAGCAGCCCGGGGAGCUGGACUCGCUGAUGCACUGCAAGGCGAAGGACGAGGACGACUGCUGGUUCUUCUUCACGUUCACGCUCGACAAGCUUGGGAGUCCGCUCGUCGAGGUGCAGGAGAAGAGAGAGUGCCCCACGGAGCCGAACAUCUUGGCGAUCAUCGCGGGCGUGGUGGCGGGCAUCGUGCUCAUCGGCCUCGCACUGCUGCUAAUCUGGAAGAUGCUCAUGACGAUCCACGACCGGCGGGAGUUCGCCAAGUUCGAGAAGGAGAAGGCCAACGCCAAGUGGGACUCGGGAGAAAAUCCGAUCUACAGGAGCGCCGUGACCACCGUGGUGAACCCCAAGUACGAAGGGAAGUGAGCGCUCGGGGCGGCGGGGCCCCUGGGACGCCGGCCCUGGCGAGGACCGCUCCACCCUCCUCACUCACUCCACCCUCCUCACCCACUCCACCCCUCCCCUCGCACCACCCCCACCCCUCCCCCCCCGCCUCCCCGUGUUGAACCCAUCCUCUCCCUUGUCACUUCAGAAUCUGUAGUUAGGCCGGAGGAGGAAUCCGAUGAGCCAUGAAGCUCUGUUUCACAGAUGUCCAGCACGGGCACCACGGGGUGAGCGAGUUACCUCGCUCCCCCCUCCCCCCUCCCCUCCCCUUCCCCCUCCCCUCCCUCUCCCCUUCUCCUCUCCCUCCCCUUCUCCUCCCCCGCCCUUCAUCGCCCAACGCACGAACCUUCUCGCACGCUCACCUCUGACCUUUGGCGGCACUUCGUAGGCCGGGGUGCGUCCCACUCCCCGGCCGUGGAGAUGUCCGUCGUUUCGCACCCCCCCCCCCACCCCCCUCCUAUGCAACCGUCGUCGCUCGUUACGUCCGUUCUGUGUUUUUUUUAAGAAUCGUGUGAAAUAAUGAAAGAAAAAGACCACGCGCGGGUGUGGGUCACGUGACCCGUAAUGAACACUAGCACUGCUCAAGUGAGUUUUGUGCCACUUUCCCGCGGGCGUUUAUUGGCUGCCAGGGUGAUUUAAAUGUUUUUUUUUUUUUUACACGUGUCGGUGGGUUAGGACUUUUUGUUAAACG